AUGAUUAAAACUUAUAGUGAAGUUAAAAAUACAAUGAAAACAAAUAAAAAUACUGUUGAAAAUAAAAAAUUGGUAAUUAAUGAAUCUAAACUUUCUAAAAGACAAAAGAAAAAUAAUAUAGAUUUUAUUGCGAUUACUAUUGUUAUUAGAUAG